GUCGCUUUCUUCCUUCUGCAAGCAAUUUUCCUGUUCGGAAAAAAAUGCCUGACGACAACGAGCCUGAGCACACCGCGUCUGCAGGUGGAGAGCAGGCGACAGGGGCAAACUCCAGUCAACGACCAGAAGAACCAGCAACUGCGGUACAAGCCACUGCGUCGGGCUCGGAGCCCCAGGCGGCCAGCAUUGGCAUUCUCCCUGCGGACCACUGGGCCCAGGUUUCCCAGGCCCAUCCCGCAGAUGAUAACGACGCUGAGUCGGCGUUGGGGAGCGAUGCUGCUUCUACAACCGCAUCCCUGACCUCGGACAUUCUUCGUUACAGAACAAUCUUAGGCCGCACGUACCACAGCGAGGUGGGGAACGCUCGGUACUGGGGUUCCAAUGACGAACAACAGAACGAGUCAAUGGAUAUCAACCACCAUACCCUUACUCUUGGGUGCGGAGGGAAACUCUACCUGGCGCCGCUGGAAAAAGACAAGGUGCAGAAAGCCGUGGAUAUUGGAACCGGAACCGGCAUUUGGGCCAUCGAUUUCGCCGACGAGUUUCCUGGCGCAGAGGUGAUCGGCACGGACAUCUCGCCGAUACAGCCUACAUGGGUUCCACCAAAUCUAAAAUUUGAGAUUGAGGAUUGCACUGGCGAAUGGACCUUUCAGCCUGAGUCUCUCGAUUACAUCCAUCUGCGAUGGCUGCUCGGUAGUAUUUUCGACUGGACAGCGCUUUUCAAGCAAGCCUAUAGAUGCUGCCGGCCUGGCGGCUGGGUCGAGAGCUUUGAAGCUAUGUCGCGGGUUGAAAGCGAUGACGGCACGGUCAAGGAAGACUCAGCCAUGGGUCAGUGGGGCAAGUUCUUUGAUGAGGGGGGGAAGAAGAUAGGGAUGUCCUUCACGGUUGUUGAGGAUGGUAUUCAGCGGAAAGCUAUGGAAGAGGCAGGAUUCACUGACAUAGCGGAACACACCUUCAAGGUUCCCCUCGGCAGCUGGCCCAAAGAUCCACAGAUGAGAAAGAUUGGCCAAUUUGCCCAGCUUGUGCUUGAAACGGACGUGGAGGGCUAUAUUUUAUUCAUGGCCAACACCAUCGGCUGGAGUAGGACCGAGAUCCAGGUUUAUGUUGCGCAGCUGCGGCGCGAGAUACGCCUAGGGAAAAACCAUGGUUACUACCGACAAAGGAUUGUCUGGGGUCGGAAACCAGUGAAUUGAGACAGGAACGAAGGCACUCGUGCAACCAUAGGUAUUGACAUUUACAAGAAUUGGAGCUUGGCCCUCCUCGUAUGGCCCAGCUAGCCUAGAUCUCCACAUCCGCUCCCUGGCGCACAGCCCUCUCGUGGGUUUCGAAAUGGG